AUGAAGCUUCUUCUGUUACUUUUUCUCUGUGUUGGUGGAGCUCUCGCACAGGCCAAUACAGAUUACGAUGAUGAUGAUACUGAGACAAAGAAAGAGCUACCAGAAAUCGUAGAUCCAAGAGGUCAUCGUCCUGUCAACAGAGGUCGUGAAACGUACUCCGCAGGGCCAGCCGCACCACCACCUGUCAGCGGAGGGAGCCGUUACCGUGGGAGACCGACUCCAGCACCCGUAGGGAAGGCUCUGCAAGAAAAAGAGGAAGUUUUGGAAGCCGGGGGAUGUACUCACCUCUCUGAGAAAAUGGGUGUAUUGUGUCCCACAGGUUGUGAGUUGAAGAAAAGCCUCCUGAAGCAAGAACGUAAUGUGAGGCCAAGUGUAGAUCUGCUGAAAAGAUCUGUAGAUGAUUUAUAUCAAUCCUCUAACAAUGUAUACGGGUAUGUCACACAUAUGACUACUGAAGUCGCCCAGAGACAAAGAGUGAGCCAAGGUAACGAUGCUGUGGUUAGUCAGUACACAGACAGCCUAGAGACCCAGCAUGCUUAUGUAAAAGAGGCCGUGGACAUCACGUUCCCCCAGAACAUCAGAAUUCUGCAGUCUGUGCUCGAAAAGGUGCGUGACAAGAUUCAGCGUUUGGAGAAAGCCAUCUCUGAACAGAAGGCCAGGUGCUCGACACCUUGCAAAGUGUCCUGCCCGAUUCCCGUGGUUUCCGGCAAGGAGUGCGAGGACAUUUAUCGCAAAGGUGGAGAGGAAUCUCAGAUGUACCUCAUACGGCCCGAUACACUCGGCAUGCCUUACAAGGCCUUCUGUGAUCAGAGUACUAACAAUGGAGGUUGGGUGCUUAUCCAGAAUCGUAUGGACGGCAGUGUUGAUUUUGGCCGGCGUUGGGACGACUACCGCAGAGGCUUUGGAAACAUUGCUUUUGAUGUGGGCAAAGGACACUGCCAAACUCCUGGUGAGUACUGGUUGGGUAAUGAUCGCAUCAGUCAUCUUACAAAGAUGGGUCCCACUGAGCUUCUGGUCGAAAUGGAAGACUGGAAAGGUUUGAAGGUCCACGCUAAAUACGAGCAGUUCACGAUGCAAGGCGAUGCCAUAAAUUACAUCCUAUCGGUUGCGCGCUACUCUGGAACUGCCGGAAACACGUUUAUGCAGGGUGCAAAUGAACUGCUUGGGGAGAACCGUACCAUGACCAUUCACAAUGGCAUGAUGUUCAGCACGUAUGACAGAGACAAUGACAAAUGGUUACCUGGUGAUCCUUCAAAGCAAUGUUCUAGAGAAGAUGGGGGUGGAUGGUGGUACAACCGAUGCCACUCUUGCAAUCCAAAUGGACGUUAUUAUUGGGGCGGAGCUUAUACAAAAAACAUGGCCAAGCACGGCACGGAUGACGGCAUCGUGUGGAUGAACUGGAAGGGUUCGUGGUAUUCACUCAAGUCUAUCAGCAUGAAGAUCAGACCCUUCUUCAAAUCUUAAAGACCGCAGAGAAUAGAGGUUAAGAACGCCUACGAUACCAAUGAAAGUUUACAGAAGAUACUAUAUCCAUGUAUCUAUUAAAGAAUGGGACUUAACAUAAAAACUUUUUUUGGAAAUGUUCAAAAAAGUGAAU